AUGGCGAUGCAAAUCGAGUUGAUCCCUGUCCUGUCUGACAAUUACGCCUAUCUUCUCAUUGACUCUGCCAAUCAUGUGGCGGCGGCAGUUGAUCCCGUGGAUGCCCAAAAGGUUUACGCCCGUGCCGAAGAGCUCCACGUGACCAUUUCCAUGAUCCUCGCUACCCAUUCACACUGGGACCAUGCAGGUGGAAAUUCGGACCUUGUGAACCUCAUUCAGGAGCGCGAAAAGCGUCAAAUACCGGUCGUCGGGGGACCUGGAAGCGCUGUGGAAGCUCAGACUCAAUCAGUGGCUGAAGGAGACGUGCUGCAAUUCGGGGAUCUAAGCAUCAACGUCUACUACACUCCGUGCCAUACUCGUGAUCAUGUGCUGUAUCAUUGCCAGGACUCGCUGUUUACCGGUGACACGGUGUUCGUCGCUGGCUGUGGACGGUUUUUUAGUGGAACCCCAGCGGAGAUGCACUACGCACUGAAUGAGGUGGUAGCUAAGCUGCCAGAGGAGACAAAGAUCUACUGCGGGCAUGAGUACACGGCAAGCAAUUUGCGCUUUGCUGCUUACGUGGAACCGGAGAAUGAAGUGGUGCGAGAGAAGCUGGCAUGGGCUAUCGAGAAAACAGAGGCCGGCGAGCCUACGAUUCCGUCGACGGUGAAGGAGCAGCUGGCAACGAACCCGUUCAUGCGAGUGAAGGAAGCUACGGUGCAGAGAUUUGCCAAUGGAGAGAAAAACCCCGUGCUGGUCAUGGAGUUCGUGCGUGCUGCCAAGGACAGCUUCGUGAUUGGAAAGUAG